UCCUCCAACAUCUAGCCCUAUACGUAACCUUCUAUCUCAGUCACUCUUCCCCUCCGCCCCCCCAUUUCGAACAACGAUACCGCCGAAAUGCCAUCAACAACCACCCCACACCCCGCGCAACGCGCCGUCGAACCCCACCCGACCCCACCCCUGGACCCAACCACACACCAACCCUCCUACGCCCCGAACCCCGACGCCUCCCUCCCCUUGUCCCCAACCCGCCAAGCCAUCCAGCGCCACAUCCUGAAUUUAUACGGCGGCAGCGCCUCCGCCUCGGACAUGCAGGUCUACGCCGAGCAAGCCGUCUACGACGACCCGCUCAGCUACUGCGACACGCGCUACAAGAUCGCGGGCCAGUGGUACGGGAUCCCCAAGCUGUUCGCGCGGUCGGAGACGCUGGCCACCGAGGUGGUGGCGUCGCCCGACGACGAGCUGGUGUGGAAGCAGCGCCAGCGGUAUACGGUGGCCGGGGUGCAUGCGUCCAAGGUGGUGGAUAGUCUGGUGAGUUUGCGGCUGGAAGCUGUUGGGGGCCAGGAGAAGGUGGUGUAUCAUAAGGAUAUGUGGAAUGAGAAGGAUUAUGAUCAUGAGGGAUUCGGGGCGUGGGUGAAGAAGCUGAAUGGGGAUAAAUUGACGCAUGUUACGCAACCGCCGGAGGAGAUUUAGAGGGUGGAUUCUGUUGUGGGGUGGUUGGCUGGAGGGGGGUGAGUAGGGCUUGUGGGGAUUUUCUGAUGUAGAUACGUGUUUGGGACUCUGUGUUUGGUGUUUGGACGGUGCAGCUGCAGGGUACAGUAAAGCUAUGUUGGGCCUUUUCCGGCUGCGGAGGAGGUAGUGUAGAUGAUGUUGGUUGUAGGAUAGUUUUGGUCGAUUCAGACCUUAUCUACAGUACAGCGAUUUAUUGUUGCUGGUUUUGCUUAGCGCAAAGAUGGUUUGUUUUCUUAGGCGGUAUUGGAAUUUAUAGAGUACAAAUAUAUAGCAAGAAGCUAAUCCAUUU